AUGGUUUUAAUUUGCCCCCGCAUACACUUCUACGAAAUCAAUGACCAAGCUUGGUUCCCUCAAUAUCUUCGCGAGAAAGUCCAAUCGUGCCUCACACUCUGCUGGACGUUCCGUGUCCCAAUUCUCCAGAAAGCUUCACCCGCGCAGCUUGUCACCAGCACUCUUUAUCGAGUCCUCGGCGACAGUGUGACAUCCUACACAUAUGUCGAUUUCUGCGCAGGCGCAGGAGGACCUACACCAUUCAUCGAGAAAGACCUGAAUGCGCAACUCUCUGCCCGUGGUGCAGUCAAGUUUGUCUUGACGGACCUGCACCCACACAUUCCAGAUUGGACGGAAGCUUCGAAGCGCAGUGAGAAUCUGAGUUUCGUCUCAGAGCCAGUCGAUGCUGCGAAUGCCCCAACAAGUCUGAACAGAAAUCCUGCGGAGGGAAAGAAGAUCUUCAGAUUGUAUAAUUUGGCAUUUCAUCACUUUGAAGACAAGCUUGGCAUGGACAUUCUGCGAAAUACGAUUGAGACCGCUGAUGGGUUUGGAAUCUUCGAGCUGCAAGAACGAACGGCUUCUUCACUCCUUACCAUAUUCGCCAUGGGAAUUCUGAUGUUUCUCAUUACUCCAUUCUACUUCUGGAGAUCGCCCGGACAUCUCUUCUUCACGUACAUAAUACCUAUCAUUCCAUUCGUGUUGGUAUUUGAUGGUUAUAUCUCUUCGCUGAGAACAAGAACAUCAGAGGAGGUUCAGGCGUUAAUGAAGGAGUGCGGUGCUUCCUGUGAUGGCUGGACUGUCAAGAAUGGACAGGAGCAACAUACUUGGCCUACAGGAUACAUGACGUGGGUUAUUGGAGUCAAGGAAUAG